GUGGUAGCCAGUGCUGGGCAACACAGAGAGUGAUCCUUGCAGUUAGUUCUCCAUUGGGGAGCUACAAUAUUUCUCUCACAGAAGAGAUGCUGUCAUUCUGGGAUGUGGCCAUUGAGUUCUCUCCAGAAGAAUGGGAAUGCCUGGAGCCUGCUCAGUGGAAUUUGUACAGGGAUGUGAUGUUGGAGAAUUACAGCAACCUUGUGUUCCUUGGUCUUGCUGUCUCUAAGCCAUUCCUGGUGGCAUUUCUGGAGCAAAGGCGAGGGCCUUGGGAUAUGAAGAGACAAGCAGCAGGCACCAUGCACCCAGGAACAACACCCAAUGACUGUAACAAUUACAGCAAGGUCAUUGAUUGUAAAUCACUGCUUAUUCAACACCAGAAAAAUCAUACAGGGGAGAAACCUUACAAGUGUGAGGAAUGUGGUAAGGCCCUUAGUUCUCACAAAACACUUUCUAUACACCAGAGACUUCAUACUGGAGACAAAUCCUACACAUGUAAAGAAUGUAAUAAAACCUUUAAUACUCGCGCAUCACUUUUUAUACACCAGAAAAAUCAUAUUGAUGAAAAAGCCCACAAGUGUGAAGAAUGUGGCAAAUCAUUUCAUUAUUUUUCAAUGCUGAAGCAACAUCAAAGAAUUCAUUCUGGAGAGAAACCCUACAAGUGUGAAGAAUGUGGAAAGGCCCUUAGUUCUCAAAAAACCCUAUCUAUACACCAGAGACUUCAUACUGGAAACAAACCCUACAUGUGUACAGAAUGUCAUAAGACCUUCAAUACUCGCUCAUCACUUUUUAUACACCAGAAAAAUCAUACAGAUGAAAAACCCUAUAAGUGUGAAGAAUGUGGCAAAUCCUUUUGCUAUCCCUCAUUCCUUAAGCAACAUCAAAGAAUUCAUUGUGGAGAAAAUCCCGACAAGUAUGAAGAAUGCAACGCACGCCUUCAGGAAUAUCACACAAUUCACACUGGAGAGAAACCAUACAAGUGUGAAGAAUGUCACAAAGCCUUUCGUUAUCACUCAGCUCUUAGGAUACACAAGACAGUUCAUAGUGGAGAGAAGCCCUACCAGUGUGAAGAGUGUGGCAAAUGUUUUUCCUCAUCUUCAUGUCUUAGACGACAUCAAACAAUUCACUCUGAAGACAAUCCCUACAAGUGUGAAGUAUGUGGCAGAUGUUUUUGCUCAUCUUCAUCCCUUAGACGACAUCAAACAUUCCAUUCUGAAGACAAUCCCUAUAAGUGUGUAGAAUGUGGCAAAAGGUUUUCCUGUUCUGCAAGCCUUCAGGAGCAUCAAACAGUUCACACUGGAGAGAAACCACACAAGUGUGAAGAAUGUCACAAAGCCUUUCGUUAUCACUCAGCUCUUAGGAGACACAAGAGAGUUCAUACUAGAGAGAAAUCCUACCAGUGUGAAGAAUGUGGCAAAUGUUUUUCCUCAUCUUCAUGCCUUGGACGACAUCAAGCAAUUCACACUGAAGACAAUCCCUACAAAUGUGCAGAGUGUGGCAAACCCUUUGUUAAUCUUUAUAGCCUUACUCGACACAUGAUAGUUCAUACAGGAGAGAAAUCUACAAAUGGCUUAAAAAGUUUACUUUUUCAGACAUUAAGACACAUCAAAUGACUCAUUCUGAAUAAAAUUCCCUGAGUUUGUGAAGUAUUUUAAAAAUCUUUGCUAAUCAUUCUGAUCUUAAUCCAACUCAAAUGAAUCCAUAAUGGCGAAUUAUUAAUUAUUAAAAACGUAAUCAUUAUUAAUUGUUUUGAAUGUCAACAGGAAUAUCUAACUUCCAACAGCCCAAAUGUCAUCAGAGAACAGUGGAGACUUCUCUUUGCUGUAACCUCCAACAGUUUGUUCAAGCAGUGUGUUUGAAACUUGUCUUGAUUAAUGAGUCUCUUCUCUUUCUUGUGUAACUGUAAGUGUUCCCUGAAACCUUUACCAUGUCCUAACUUUGUCCACUGGGUUCCUGGAGUCUGAGAUCUGAGCUGUGUUAUAGUUACUAUUGUUUUUCCCUGUGGUGUUACCCAAGCUCCUGUAAUAACAUCCCCGCCUGAGUGUGUAAGAAGUUCCAUAGACUGAUAUUUCUCACCAUGUUGGACUUUCAUGAAAUGGUCUGAAUUGAUAACAAUCUGGGCUGAAUGGGCAAUAGUCUUUUUCUCCCCUGGAAAUGUUAACAGAAUACGUUUUCAGUUAUAUUUGGUUCCAGAAUAAAGAAUGUCUUCUUUCCUUUCUCGUAAAUCCAACUGUCAUGUCGUAGAAACUUGGAUCCAUAUUGAAAUAAGGACCCAAGCCACAUGCACUCACUCAGCAGAAAGGGUGUAUUUGAUUAAUGGAUAUGUGAUCAUCAAGUAUGAAACACUGUAGGUGCAGGUUGAUACAGACAUGAAAAAGUCAUCUCAAUCUCAAGUUUAUUAAUUUACUAAAAAUUGUUAAUACAUGGUAAUUAACCUAAACUUUAAUAAUCACUUGACUUAUAAAUGAUUAAAUGUGUCUACUGUGCCCAAAAUUGUGUUUCUAGUCAUGCUAAGUACAAAUGAAACUUAUUUACAGAGAUGAGAUUGGAAGGAGAAUCCCAUUAUGUCUCUCAUUCUAUAGUCCUCUGUAUAUGCUAUUGAAGUACAUUCCAAAGCACACACCUCAAAACAAGUUUAAACAUAGUUUAAUAUCAC